GAUGGAGAACGAUGUGGGAACAUCGAUGAGGCAAUAGCAGCUUCAAAGGGCAACAGUGGUGGGAGGAAUGACGAGGAAGGUUGGCGUAAAGUUGAGAUCUCCAAACCAAAAAAUGAACUUCUUAAUCUACUAUAUGCUUCUUUUUUGCAUCCAAAAAUCAAAAAUCAGUAA